AUGGCUGAUGUCAAGUCUCACUAUGAGCCCUUACCUGUCCAUGACCUGCAGCGACUUCUCUGGAGUCACAGAUCAUCCACAGGACAUGUCAACCAAGUAUGGCCAAAACUGUACCUGGGAAAUGCGUUUACUGCCAGGGAUAAGUCUGUUCUUCGUGAGAUGGGGAUCACCCACAUACUGAACGCUGCCUCUGGAAAGUACCGCAUUAACACUGGGCCAGAGUUCUACAGAGAUCUCAACAUUGAUUACUUAGGAGUCGAGGCAGAUGAUCAUCCUUAUUUCGACCUGAGCGCUCACUUCUUUGCAGCUGCACAAUUUAUAAGGGCCGGGCUGCAAUCUCCUAAUGGGAAGGUGUUGGUGCACUGCGCAAUGGGGAUCAGUAGAGCAGCUUCUCUUACUCUUGCUUUUUUAAUGAUCUCUGAAGGAUUGAGUUUAAUAGAUGCUAUACGCACAGUGAGUGAGCACCGAGACAUUUGCCCCAACCCUGGCUUUCUUGAGCAACUGCGUCAACUGGAUAUAACACUGGAGGCCAAGAGACGAAGCCGGAGAGAAUAG